GUUUUGGUUUGAAGAAGAAGAAGAAGCCAUCCACGUGCAGGGGCGGGAGGGAGACGUGACGGCCGCUUGCUCCUGCCCUGCUGCUUCCCGUGUGUGUCUCAGCAGGGGCCCCCACGCUUCCCCGGUGGUGGUGUGGCAGAAGGUCUAGGAAAAGGCUCAGGGCGUGAUGGACCAGCGGCUGUACACGUGUUUGGAGCGGCUGGCCAGGCUGGGCAGCCCCGAAGGGACCACCACUGAGAAGGCUGCCGAGGUGGUGGCCGGGGUGAGGGAGCAGCUGGCUGGGACGGGCGGGGACGCGGGCGAUCGAGUUCUAGCCUUGACAAAGCACCUGCUGGCUUGUGUGGACCCCAGCGUGCAGGAUGAUGUCAGGCUGGAGUGUGGGUGCCUGGCUGUUGUCCUGCUGCACCGUACCUCAGAGCUGCUGGAAGCCUUAGAGGAACCAUCGCCCCCCACACCAAAGGCUGGGGGUCGCCGAGGGGUGGACCCAGAGGCGCCCCCACCCCCGGCCAACCUUCUCAGCCUUCAGCAAACACAGGUUCUUGCCGCUGCUGCCCGCGUGGCCUUAUACACCGUGGUGCUGGCCGGCCUGGACCAGGAGGCCGCACGCUACAUCCGCAUGAGCCUCGCCCGGGCCAAGUUUGUCCUCGGUCCAGCCCCACUAGAGGUGCCGGAGGGGAGCAGACACCCACUCCUGGCUGCUACCAUGAGGCUGCUGCUGCCGGUAGUGAAGCAUGACACUAUGGGCGCAGGCAUCCGGCAGUCAGUCUUCCCAGAGGUGCUUAGUGCUCUGCUGUGCCUCUGCUUCUGCCCAGCCACCAGCAAGCGACACCCAGAGGACACAGGGUACUUCCGGGGCCAGCUGGAGUCACUCACCGCUGCCGUGGAGCCGAGCGUCACCCUAAAACAUUUGCUGCUACUCAUGGGCUUGACGCAGGGUGGAGCCAGUGGAAGCAGCCGCAGUAGUAAUGUCGGUAGAGGUGGUGGUGGUGGGCAAGGGUGGCUUGGACGUACCUGCAAUUCCCUGGUGGUGCGUCGUUACCUGAUGCCAGAGGGAGGUGGUGGUGCCAGGGCUGGGGGAGGGCUGAGGGCGGUGGUGGGUGCUGGCCUGGCUCUCUGUGACGGCCAGGAUUCUCGCCGCUGCCAGGCUGUUGCGGCUCUGAUAGCUCACGCCCGGACCCCAGACCUAGACCAGUUCUAUGCAGCUCUGGGCCCACAGGUGAUAGAGAUGCUGGACAGGGCCUCCCAGCUGGCCCCUGAGGUGGUGCGGGUGGUGGUGCUCCUGGCUGGAGAGUUGGCCGAGCGCAGCCCCUCCCUAGCCGCCCAGCACCUUGGCAGACCCCUGCUGCAGCCCCUCACAUGCACCACCAGCCCCAGCGCACCACAGGAAUGCGUUGGCACCAGCCUGACGGAGUGUGUGAUCAGACUCCAUUCUGUGUUGGUGGAGGCAGCCCCGCCCACCCCAGCACUGGCCAGGCUGCUGCAGCCAGCCCUGUGCCCCCUCCUGGCCCUGGCUGCCCUGCCCACCACACACCUGCGCUCCCCCUCUCGGCGCCUCCUUGGAAGAUACCUCAGUCACUUGUCUGAGGAGGAGGUGGUGGACACCCUCCUCGGCCUGGCUGGCCUCACCCCACUGACCCUCAGCCCCCCAGUCUUCCCUGAUGUCACCCUUGUGCUGGACGGGACCGGCGGGGUGGUGGUGGAGGCGUGUUCCAAGCCUCCUGAUACCCUAGAGGAGGAUGAGGCACGAGCCAGCUGUCUCUCAGCCAUCCUAGAAGACCUUGGGCAUCCAAGUGUCAUCCUCGCCUUCUACAAGAAGUUGGUGGAAUUCCUUGACUUCCGAGGGGAGGAGAAGAGCGCCACAAGAUCAGGUCCGCCCAUCGUGUGCCUCAGGACAGAAGCAGACGAGGUGGCCUGCCAGUUUGAGCAGGCGAGGCGAGUGGCUGUGUGUGCUGGCCUUCUUUCCUGCUUGGCUGAAAGCGAGAAACUCACGGGUGACCUCUUUCAGGACCUCUCAGCUGCUGGGCCAGUAGUGGGUGGUCUCCUGCAGGCCGGGUGCCAGGAGUGCCGAGAUGAGGGUCUGAGGGACAUCCAGGUCUCCCUCACGGCCAAUGUUCUGGUCCUGGUGACUUGCUACGUCAGUGACCGCAGCCUCAGGGGUGAGAUGACUUCAAGGGACUGGACAGGACUCAAGGCACUGCUGCCAGUCCUCAAUCAGACUGAGGAGUGUCUGGAGGACGAGGGAGUCCGCCUCAUGGCCACACAGCUCCGGAGCAUGGUGGCCACACAUGGGGUGGUGUGCACGGAGGCCACUACUGCCGACACAACGCAAGCAAAACCUGAGAAGAAAGGGAAAGGAAAGGUCGAAAAAAGGCUGGAAAAGGUUGGAGGAGGAAAGUUUUCAUCUGACACUUCCCAGCAGCCUGAGGGAACAAGGGCUGCCACUCCUAUUGUGAAGGACAUGAAAACAAGCACCACACAAAUUAAGGAUGACCGUAACAAAGUGAAGGUUGAGACUAAGGAAACAGGGAAAGAUGCAUUAAUAAAAACUGAGUGUGAGAAGGAGAUACCAAAACAAGUCCUGGAAGAGAAAAUCAAAGCAGGAAAAGGAGAUGACGGCAGCACGGCAAAGGAAAUAAAAGAGGAGGAGGAGGAAACAGAGAAAACCAACAUCAUGGCGACAAAAGAGACACCGAGGAAGGCAGAGACCGAGAGCAGUGCCUUCAGGAGUGCCAUGGAGGACCUGAUGAGCCCCCUUCUACCAGUGCGGGGCCACGGCAUCCUCGCACUGGCCAAGCUGCUGGAGGCCAAGGAUGAGGAGGCGCUGGAGCACGGCACUCAGCUCCUGGCACUGUUCCAGCACCACUUGAGGGAGGAGGACUCAUACUUGUACCUGAUGGCUGUGAGGGGCUUGGCGGCACUCUGUGAUGUGCUGCCAGAGAAGGCUGUUGUGGUGCUGACCAAGGAGUUCAGUGUGGGCCGCCGCUCCACCGAGGACCGGGCAAAGCUGGCGGAGAGUCUGAGUCGAGCCACACAUCGCCUCGGCCCGCUGCUGCCACACUACCGCAACCACUUCAUCAACGCCUUCCUGACUGGUGUGAGGGACCCGGAGUGGUUGGUGAGAGCUGCAAGUCUCUCAGCGCUUGGGGAUGUGUGUAAGGAACUGCGCUUCAGCCUCGGACCCAUAGUGAAUGAGGUGUUCUCCGUGCUGUACGAUGCCGUGGCCCAAGAUGAGUCCCAUGAGGUGCGUCGGGCGGCUGUCCUGGUGGUGACGUUGCUGCUCCAAGGCCUGGGUGGUGAUGCUUUGAAGGUGUUGAACGAUGUGGUGCGGGACAUGUAUCGUGUCCUGCGGCGCCUGGAGGCCAGCGACCCUGACCCGGUGGUGCGCCUCCACGCCCAGCUGGCCCUGCAGGAGGUGGACAGCAUCAUGCGGCGCUUCCUCCUCCCUUCCACCGGCCUCACCAAGCGGAUCUAUGUGUUGGAUCCUCCGCCGUCUGCCUUAUGAGGGCUGGUGUGUCCUUAGAAUCUAGCAGCUUCAUGAAGAACUGAUCUAGUUAAAAAUGUGUCUGGCCUGGUUCUCAAGCCCCAGCCCAAGGAGUGACUGAUACUGCCUCGACACUCACCAGUGGUACCAGUCAUCGCAGGUGUCGCAGCCGAUCAUGGGUGACCCGUCAUCUUGCUUGCCGCAGGUGGGACAGAUCCAAACCUCGUUGCCUUGGUCAUCCUGGAAAGAGAGCAAGGUGUUGACACUGACAGGAGAAAAGCUGAUCCACUUAUCCAUGUGGUCUAAGAAGAUACACUUGAAGAACCGUUGGCAGCCAUGUGAAGGAUUCCAAUGCAUUACUGCUCGCCUAUAUCAAGUCCUCCUUACUCUACGCCGUCACCUUCUCUUGGAGAUUCAUACAUUCUAGCCAAAUAUUUUAAGGCCAACAAGCUGUAAUGAGUAACAUUUGUUAACAUUGUUAUUAAAACUUGUAAUUAAA